AUGGCUUCUGUAUAAAACAUAUUUGAAAUAGUUGAUGAUUUUCUCAAUUAUGAUUCAUCUUAAUUAGGAGAUCUUGAGCUAUAUUUUAGUGGAUGCUCUGUAAGUGGAUAAAGACUUGUUAGGAUAUGCUAAAAAAUAGUAUUAUUAAAUGGCCUUUAGAAUUUAACAUUCAAACUAAGGUGCAAUCUUUUAUCAUUUUGUGAUUUGGAAGAAUUAGGAAAAAAUCUUCCGAAUAUUAAAAAUCUUAUGACUCUAAACAUUUUUUUGUCAAGAAAUAGUCUUGCAAUUGAUGGAUUAUCUUGUUUGGCUAAAGGAUUGGCAUAAUGCAAAAAUUUAACUACUUUAAUGAUUGAACUUAAUGAAAGUUUUAUUAGAGAUUCUCAUUUGAAGGUUUUAGGUGAAGGUUUAGGAUAAUCUCAAUCCAUUUAAAAUUUAACAGUUGAAUUGUAAAACAAUGAAAUUAAUUCAAAUGGGUUCUGUAGCUUUUCUAAAGGAGUUGCAAAUAUAGAUACAUUAGAAUCUUUAAAGCUUGAUUUUAAACAAAAUAAAAUUGGUAGCGAUGCACUUGAUUAGUUUGAAUAGAGUUUCUAAGAAUCUAAACAUCUUUCAAAGUUAAAUAUUAAUUUUGAAAUCAACAAAAUCGGCAAGGAGGAUAUCCAAAGUUUAAUUAAAGGAUUCAACAGUUGCAAAACACUAAUUUCCUUAGACUUAGAUUUGUGGUAUAAUCACAUUGAUAAUGAAUGCUUGAAAAUUAUUGGAAAAGAGUUAGCAAAUAAUAAAUCAAUUAAACAUUUCUACCUUAAUCUUAGAGUUUAGAAUGGAACAAAUUUUGACGGAACAGGAAUUUUUAAUCUAGCUAAAGAUUUAGCAAAAAUAAAACACCUAUUUAGUCUCGAAAUUGUUACAUUAGAUCCUUUUGGUUAGUCCACUAAAGAAUAUUUGAACUAAAAACACAUUUUACAACUCAAAAAAUUGCUUAGAUUAGUUUCAUUAAAAUAUUAUUGA